AUGUCGCAGUCGGAGGUGGCCCGGCGAUUCCGGGUGUCGCAACCACGGAUCUCCCGCAUUUGCAAGAACCGGGAGCGGCUGCGGGCGAACUGGCGUGGCGGCACCACCAAGUACCGCGGGCUGGAUGAGGUGCUGCUCCGUUGGCACCGCAGGGCCUGCACCAAGGGCUGGCACGUCACCGGCCCCGGCCUGCCGUGCCAAGCCAAGGAGCUCGCCCAAGCCCUGGGCCAGGACUAAGCGCCCAGUGUUGGCUGGCUGGGCCGCUGGAAGCACCGCAACAACGUGGCCUGCGGGGCCCCGUGCCCGCCUGCCGCCCUCCCCGACGACGUCUUCGGCUGCGCCGAGGUGCCCCUGCUGUACCGGGCCGUGCCCGGCGGCACCGGCCCCCGAGACCGGGUGCGGGUGCUGCCCUGCGCCAGUGGCCGGGGCACGGAGAAACGGCGGGCGCUGGUGGCAACCACCAAGCUCCAGAUGUUAUGGGUGGUAUGA